CACUAGGUAUCUUCCUCGAAGCCCACACUUCUCGCUGCCGUCCGCGCGUCUCCAUCAGGCUCGCUGAUAAAAACCAACUGUCGUCGACGUGACGUUCACACUCUUUCUCUGCCUCUGCACAAGGAGAAGAAGAAGAAGAAGAAGAAGAAGAAGAAGAAAAGGAAAAGGACAAGAAAAAGAAAGGGCAGCGGAGAGAGAGAGAGAGAGGAAGAUGGCGACCGUCGCACACACGGUCGCGUCGAAAUGGACGGCCGCAGUCCAAUCCACCGCCAACAACAUGGACGCGGUAGACGCUGUGCGCGCCUUCUUCCUCUUCGCAACUUGCACGACGCUGUCCGUCAGCGGGAUUCCCUACUUGCGUGCCCGCUUCGUCGACUAUGGCCCUCGUGCCACCGACUCCUCCAGGUCGGCGUCGACUAUCGCCGCGCCUCGUUCACCGCUGACUCGCUUCAUCGAUUAUCUGGCGGCGUGGAGAGUGCCGCACAGCUACUUCAUCCAUUUCUAUGUGCUGUCCGUGCUGUCGUCCAUCUUCUGGGCGACCCAGCUGCUCUCCCGCGGCCCCGCGUUCAGAGUCAUCGCCGCUCGCGUCAACGAAGAGCAUCGGUCCAAGUCCAUGUCGCUCAAUCAGGUCUGGCUAUGUUGGGCUCUGAUGGCCAUCCAGGGUGCUCGACGGCUCUAUGAAUGCAUUGCAACAGCGAAGCAGUCCUCCUCACAGAUGUGGUUCGUGCACUGGUUUCUGGGACUCGCCUUCUACAUAGCAAUGACGCUGGCGAUCUGGAUUGAAGGAACAGGCACCCUCCUUGCGCGAGAUAUCACCCUCGAUCAUCUGCGGGUCACCAACGUCCCUACGCCGCGGACGCUGCUGUGUCUGCCUCUCUUUCUGUUGGCCUCGGGCCUGCAGCACGACUGCCAUCAUUACCUGGCGUCUCUGAAGAAGUAUACCCUCCCUGCUCACCCACUCUUUCUCUCGGUAAUAUGCCCUCACUAUACAGCAGAGUGUGUCAUCUAUCUGGCCCUGGCCCUGUUGGCUGCCCCUGCCGGAGAAUCCAUCAAUAAGACGGUCCUCUCCGGUCUGUUCUUUGUCGCGGUCAACCUGGGCAUUACCGCUGCCAGUAGCAAGCGAUGGUACAUGCAAAAGUUUGGCGAGGAAAACGUGCGGAAUAGAUGGAGGAUGAUCCCCUUCCUAUAUUAGAUUAGAAUCCGCCUAUUAGAGCCAGUUCGAUGCGAGAGCCGUGAACCACAGAGUCCAUAUCUGUUCCCCAUGGUUUUCACGUGAAUCAUCUGGCAUGGGUGUCAGGGUUCUUCCUAAGGCGGC